GGUCCGGGCCGCCGGUAGGAAGUGCCGGGCCCUGCUGCUGGGACACCCGGGGCCGCCACCACGAGUCCUCUGGCGACAUAGGGAUAUGGAGGCGGAGCCGCUGCUCUAUCCGGUGGCGGGAGCUGCAGGUCCUUCUCCGGGCGAUGAGGACCGACUGGGGGUCCCCGACGGGCCCGAGGCUCCGCUGGACGAGCUGGUGGGUGCGUACCCCAACUACAACGAGGAGGAAGAGGAGCGCCGCUACUACCGCCGCAAGCGCCUGGGCGUGCUCAAGAACGUGCUGGCGGCCAGCGCGGGCGGCACGCUCACCUACGGCGUCUACCUGGGCCUCCUGCAGAUGCAGCUGAUCCUGCACUAUGACGAGACCUACCGCGAGGUGAAGUAUGGCAACAUGGGACUGCCCGACAUCGACAGCAAGAUGCUGAUCGGCAUCAACGUGAUGCCCAUCGGGGCCCUCCUCUAUACACCUGUGCUCAUCAGGUUUUUUGGCACCAAGUGGAUGAUGUUCCUAGGCGUGGGCAUCUACGCCCUCUUUGUCUCCACCAACUACUGGGAGCGUUACUACACGCUGGUGCCCUCAGCCGUGGCCCUGGGCAUGGCCAUCGUCCCUCUUUGGGCUUCCAUGGGCAACUACAUCACCAGGAUGGCGCAGAAGUACUAUGAGUACACCCACUACAAGGAGAGGGACGAGCAGGGCCCCCAGCAGCGCCCACCGCGGGGCUCCCAUGCGCCCUAUCUCCUGGUCUUCCAAGCCAUCUUCUAUAGCUUCUUCCAUCUGAGCUUCGCCUGUGCCCAGCUGCCCAUGAUCUACUUCCUGAACCACUACCUGUACGACCUGAACCACACGCUGUACCACGUGCAGAGCUGCGGCACUAACAGCCAGGGCAUCCUCGUUGGCUUCAACAAGACGGUUCUUCGGACGCUACCGCGGAGCCGAAAUCUCAUUGUGGUGGAGAGUGUGCUCAUGGCCGUGGCCUUCCUGGCCAUGCUGCUGGUGCUGGGCCUGUGCGGCGCCGCGUACCGGCCCACGGAGGAGAUCGACCUGCGCAGCGUGGGCUGGGGCAACAUCUUCCAGCUGCCCUUCAAGCACGUGCGCGACUUCCGCUUGCGGCACCUCGUACCCUUCUUCAUCUACAGCGGCUUCGAGGUGCUCUUUGCCUGCACUGGUCUCGCCCUGGGCUACGGCGUGUGCUCCGUGGGUCUGGAACGCCUGGCCCACCUCCUCGUGGCUUACAGCCUGGGCGCCGCGGCCGCCUCAGCCCUGGGCCUGCUGGGGCUAUGGCUGCCGCGCCAGGUGCCCCUGGUGUCCGGGGCCGGACUCCACCUGCUGCUCACUCUCGGCCUCUUUUUCUGGGCCCCCGCCCCUCGGGUCCUGCAGCACAUCUGGAUACUCUACGUGGCAGCUGUCCUCUGGGGUGUGGGCAGUGCCCUCAACAAGACUGGGCUCAGCACACUGCUGGGAAUCCUGUACGAGGACAAAGAGAGGCAAGACUUCAUCUUCACCAUCUACCACUGGUGGCAGGCUGUGGCCAUCUUUGCCGUGUACCUGGGCUCCAGCCUGCCCAUGAAGGCUAAGCUGGCGGUGCUGCUGCUCACGCUGUUGGCGGCCACGAUCUCGUACCUGUGCAUGGAGAAGAAGCUGCGGCGCGGCGUGGUCCCGCGCCAGCCUCGCAUCCCCCGGCCCCAGCACAAGGUGCGCGGCUACCGCUACCUGGAGGAGGACAACUCGGACGAGAGCGACGCGGAGGGCGAGCGAGGCGACGGCUGCGGGCGGGGGGAGGGUGCAGAGGAGGAGGCGCUGCCCGCGGGGCCUCGGCCUGGCCCCGAGCCAGCCGGCCUCUGCCGUCGGCCCUGCCCCUACGAGCAGGCGCAGGGAGGCGACGGGCCCGAGGAGCAGCAGUAAGGAGCUCAGCCUGCUCUCUGGCCUCGGUUUACCGCGUCUCGAGUCGGAGGAAGGCGGGGGAGAACUUCCCCUGAUCCCUGCGCCAUCUUCCGGAAGGACCUCCAAGUUUGGGAAAUGACCCUCCCAGAGCCCAGGGCCACCUAGAGCUUGGGGUCCGCUCCUCACGCCCGCCCCUGCCGGGCCUGGGGUUCGUGAGAGCGCAGCCGAACCCACUCUCGGAGAACCCCCUCCGCAGGCCCGCCGCCCCCUAGCUAGUGCCCCGGCCUCGGAGCAGGAACAAGAUCCCCUUGCCGUAGCCCGUCACCCCCCGUCCUGCCCGAGCUCUCAGCUACAGGCCUGGGCCGAGUGUGUCGCGGCUUUGCACGUCCUAUUCCCAUGGCCCACCACGAGGCACGACUUUUUAUAGAAAAUGAACAAUAAAGAGAUUUUGUAUUGUCGUGA